AUUCCACUUCCGGUAGCGUGACAACCUAGACAGAGACGGAAAAUCUUCCAUUUAAUUUGAUUUUAUUGGUAAAUUGUUUGAUUGAGCAGAUUCUGAAAUCAUUUUCUGCACCGGAUUGAAAUAAUGCCAUCGUUUAAUCAUGGUUUUAGAGCCGCGAAGCUCUUAAUUGGAGUUUCAAGUGGGGUUGCGUUUGGAGCAGCUGCAAUGAAAUAUUCCCAGCGAGAGCGAGAUGGAUUCCUCCCCACAGCUCUGGCGGCGUGGACUACCAAUCACAACCCAAGUGUCAGAUGGGAUUCCAACUGGGACAAGAGAGACCCACAAAGCUUGAUAGAUCCAUCCAGAACUGAGGUUGACUCUAAGGAUCCAACAGCCAGCCUCUCUGGAGCAAAACCAACAGCAACCAGGCAUCUGAUCCUCAUCAGACACGGACAGUACAACACUGAUGGGAUCACUGAUGAUGUCAGGAUACUCACUGCACUGGGACGGGAGCAAGCCGAAAUGACAGGAAAACGACUGAAGGCUCUGAACCAUCCCUAUACCACCAUCAUCAACUCUACCAUGGCCAGAGCUAUAGAGACGGCAAACAUUGUCUGUCAACAACUACCAGAUGUACCUCGUGAAUCAUGUGAGCUCCUGAGAGAGGGUGCACCAAUACCCCCUGAACCACCAGUGGGUCAUUGGAAACCGGAAGUCAAGCAGUUCUAUGAGGAUGGAGCUCGGAUCGAGGCUGCAUUCAGGAAAUACUUCCACCGAGCUGACCCUGAACAGACGAAGGAUAGCUUUGAGGUCAUUGUAUGCCAUGCCAACGUCAUUAGAUACUUUGUAUGCAGAGCGAUGCAGUUUCCGCCCGAGGCUUGGCUUCGUAUGAGUUUGUAUCAUGGUAGUAUAACAUGGCUUUCACUGCGUCCCAGUGGGCGUGUCUCACUUAGAACGUUAGGUGAUGUAGGUUUCAUGCCAGCUAAUAAGGUGUCUGUUGCAUAACUAUCAUCCUUGCCAGGCCAACCAGUCUUUCAGGAAGAUAUCUAGUUUUUAAAGCUCUAUCCCAGUUUGGUUGGAUCUAACAAUGUGAGGUACUGUACUGUAAAUGCAAAGCCACCGUGUUUUUUCUUGUGAUGAAUAUGAAACAAUGAAAUUCAACAUACAUUCAAUAUUUUGUCCUUGUUUGGGGGGAAAAAACAUAUUUCUUGGGCCCCUAACACACAGGUUAGUAAUUGAUUGUACUUAAGUCAUGACAAUCAGUCUUACGAUCAUUCAUGAAGCCUUGUGUUGCUGACUUCUGCUGGUUCUGAAUUGAACUACCUUUAAAGCCAAGUCAUUGAGUUGAUUUGAACAAAAUAGAGAAAAAUCAGUUACGAAUAUUUUGCAAUUUGUUACAUUGUACAUGUGCUUCUUUUCAAAGCAGAAAUAGUUAUAAUUUGAUAUUCAUUGAAUUGCCAAUGUGUUGAUAAGCUUUAUUUGAACUGCUCCUAAAUUUGAAACAUCACUCUGCAUUAAAGGAGAAUGAAACCCUUGAAACCAGCUGAAUCCAUAUCAAAGAGAAAAAUCAAAGAAACAUAUUGUUGAAAGUUUGAGGAAGAUUGAAUGAAUAAUAAGAAAGUUAUGAGCAUUUGAAUGUCGAGAUCACUAAUGCCAUGUAGAUCCUCCCAUUGGCAAUGCGACCAAGAUCUGUGAUGUCACACACGUACAACUCCCUCAUUACUUUAGUACUUAUUUCACUUAUAUUCUCACUUUUAUAGAGUCUAUCACAAGGUGAGGUGUUCUCUUUAUGAGAGGACAAGUACAGAGGUUUCACAACAUUAUAUCAUUGAUGAAUCGUUUGUCAUAUGAUUAGAAUGAGCAAAAAGAUAUGUUUUGGGGUAUAUUUUCAGUGUCCAAAAGGGGAGAGUUGUUCAUCUGUGACAUCAUAGAUCUUGGUCGCAUUGCCAAUGGGAGGAUCUCCAUAACAUUAGUGAUCUCGACAUUCAAAUGCUCAUAACUCUUCUAUUGCUAGUCCUAUUUCACUCAGACUUUUGUUGAUCUUAUUCUUUGAUUUUUCUGCUUUCACAAAAGCUAACUUGCUCCAAGAGUUUCAUUCUCCUUUAAAAACGGCUUCCAUUCCUCGCAAUCCGGAUUAAUGCUUUGUAAAGGAGAUGCUGCGGCUGUAUUCAUGAGAUAAACCCUUGUCGAUUAUGGAAUGACUGUUCCUAAUUUUCACCAACUCAUUCUCCCUAGGUAGAUCAUUUAAUCCUGUAAUGUAAAAAGUGGGGGGAAAUGAUUUACAAAAAUAUGAGGAGAAAGAGUAUUGGUAUUAAAUGAAUGAUAAUUUUGGUACAACAUAAUUGCAAAAAGGGAGAUGAAAUCAGAAAUCUAGCUUUCUAUGAAUGUAGUCUGAAAUUCUUGCUUAGUUUGGAUUUAAACUUGAGUUGAUUUUUGAGAGUCAUGAGUCAUGGAGUAAAGCAAAAUAUAUUGAAAGCCAAAACUGUCAAUGGAGAUUAGAUUUAAUUUUACUUGCAAAGAGAAUGCUCAUUUAGAUGUUAUUUGUUUCCUACUUAUUUUUCAUUUUUCUUGUAUCUUAUGUGUACAAGCACUUCAUGCAAUUUCGUACUGUUGUAGCAUUUACUUAUUUUUUAUAUUUUAAUAUAAUAAACAAUUUUUUCAUCAAGACUAUGCUGACUUAAAUGCUAUUUUUCCUAUUGGUCUAGUAGGAAUACAGUUGUGAAUGUGUUUCAAAGAAUAUUCAGUAAGUUUCCGAAAUACCAAAUGUGUUUCCCUGAUUUAUUGCAUAUUAAAAUAAUGAUCAGAAAUGUUGAAUCAAGAAACCUUUUUUUUCUUUUUUUUCUGAGAGGAAAAAAUGCAUAUAUUGAUAGUGAUGUUAAUAAAUGAAAUGUACAAGAUAAUUAACUGUUUACCCUUGAUAGGAAUAAAAUUUUUAAUAUUGUGUCAUUUCUGUGUGUGUUUGUUAGAAUGUGAACUAGAAAAGCAUUGUUUCCAUUGUAUUCAGAAAUUGAUGAUAAUAUUAAUGCAACUAGAGUGUCCGUACCUACUCUGCAAACUUACCUUUAUAAUUUCCGUGUACUGUAUGUGUCUAAUAAUGCAUAUGUUUACUUCAAAAUAGAAUUUAGUAGUGAUGGAAAUAUUACUGGAGAACAUUUAUGUUGAAUUACCAUGAUAUGUAUAAUGUAGAGUUGAUUUAUUUGUAUAUGGUUCUGUUUAAAUGGAUUGCUAAUAAGUGGUAUAUUUGUAAACAUUCAAAGCAUUAUAUUUUUUUUUCAUAAAAGUAAUGUGAACUAGAGAUACUUUAUUUUAAAAGGUUAGCCUGCGGGAAUUUAUAAUAGUGGGGCCCAUUUGAUGGACUGACAAAUGAAAUGACCACCAAUGUUUUACAUAUUUUUAAAUAUUGUGCAUAGUCCCAGGCCCGCUUCAUAAAACUUGUUACAAUAACAAAUUUGCAACAACAGUUUAAAGCUACUGAAAUCAUUCUAUUAGAUUGGUUUAUAGUAAACUUGUUACAGAAAUUGUACAUUAGGUAUUAUAACAACUCUUUAUGAAAUAGAAUACAGGAAAAACUGUUCAUUUAAUGUUAGAUAUAUUGAUAUUAUGAAUGCGUGCCAAACUGUAUUUUGUACCAUUAUAGAUUUUUAUAAAUAAAUCAUUAAUAUCUGUUUUAAGUGCAUAAACCUGGGGCUGUUUUUAUAAGCUGUUUGUACCCUGAGUUAUGCAUGACUUCACGCAUGACAAGUGACGUUCUUGUGCAAAUAUUUCAGAUUUUGAUAUAAUUGGAGCGAACUUUCAAUAAUUAUCUUGAAAUCUUGACAAAUUUUAAAACUUUGCAUUCAAAUGCUUGUUAGUGGAAGCAUUGUGGUCUGGUGGUUAUGACUCUUGUCUUUCUAUCUGAGGGACGUGGGUUUGAUCCCAGCCAUGGCUUGUUUUCCUUCAGCAAGAAAUUUACCCACGUUGUGCUACACUUAACCCAGGUGAGGUGAAUGGGUACCCGGUAAGAAGAAAUUUUCUUGAAUAGUUAAGCACCUACAUGUAUAUGGGCAGCACAGCUUAGGCCGUGGUUAUCGCAGCGCUUUAUAAAUCCAGUUAUUGUUAUUCUUAUUUUCAUUAACAAGAAGAAUAUCAUAAAAAGAUUGGAUUUUAUAUUAUUGAAAAUGUGAUUUAGUAUAAGAUAGGGUCAUGGAUAUAGUUGUAAUUCAGAACACCUGUUAUUCAUUAUUAUUCAACUUGCCAGAUACGCUGUUCCUUUAGUCAUUUACAGAAAUGCAUGUUUUGUAUUAAUACUGUACAAUGUACAUUCAGAGUGUGCAUAUCAUUUUGGCAGAAUAAGAUUUGUCCUUAAUUAUACGGGUUUAUCUGUAAAUAUUGACCUCAUACAAAAAAUAAUUGACAAAUUUUAAUAUGCUUUAUUCUCCAUCAUGAAGUGCAGUUAAGUAAGGUAAUUUCCACUAGAGAGUAUAUUUAAGAUUAUGAGACUGAUAAUAAAUAAAACCCAAGAAGAAUUAACUAUUGAAAA